CGUUUAUAUUAUUAUUAUUAUUACUAUAUAUAAUGAGCUCGUUCUUGAAAUGUUUCUUCACAAGCCCAAUCUCAAAGCAAACCCCAUCACACUCACAGGGAUCAAGAGGCAUUAUGGAGAAGACAUCCUCUAGCAAUGUCAAUGGCAACUUUUUGUCUGAGAAAUCCAAUGAAGAGUUGAAGGAUUCCAUGAGCAGACCGGUUACUAAUAUAAUCCUUAACCAUGAUUUUUCUAAUGGACUUCAAUCGUGGAAUCCUAACAACUGUGACGGCUUUGUUGUUUCCUCAGAGGGUAAUUCUAAUUACCCUCUACCGGCAAAAUUAAGCGGACCCCGCUUUGCCGUAAUUACAAACAGAAAAGAAUCUUGGCAAGGCCUCGAACAAGACAUAACCCACAGAGUCUCCGUAGCAUCCACUUAUAGCGUUUGUGCUCUCGUUGCAAUAUCUGCUGCUCCUCAAAGUGGAUCUCAUGUGCAGUUAACUCUUAAAGUCGAAAACCAAGAUUCAUCGGUUAGCUAUAUUUUCAUCGGAAAAACUUCUGCUUCGACGGAGCAUUGGGGGAAGAUAGAAGGUACAUUUUCUCUAUCCGCUACGCCAAAACGAGCGACGUUUUAUCUUGAAGGGCCUUCGCCUGGUGUUGACCUACUCAUACGAUCGGUAGUAGUUUCUUGCCCCGGUUCCACUAAAUUUGAUAGUCCAAAUACAAGGUCUUUGUGCGACGAAGACGGGAACGAGAACAUCAUACAGAACUCGAGAUUUGACGAUGGGCUUAAUAAUUGGUCUGGUAGAGGAUGCAAGAUUGUAUUAAAUAAUUCUAUGUCGGAUGGAAAAAUUCUUCCAAUUUCUGGAAAGUUCUUUGCUUCGACAGCCAAUCGCACACAAAAUUGGAACGGGAUUCAACAGGAGAUAACGGGGAGAGUGCAGAGGAAGCUGGCCUACGAAGUUGUUGCCACAGUUAGAAUAUUCGGCAAUAAUGUAACUAGUGCUAAUGUUAGGAUAACUCUGUGGGUCCAGUCAGCAGAUCUCCGUGAACAAUACAUCGGCAUCGCCAGUGUGCAGGCAACUGACAAAGAUUGGGUGCAAUUGCAAGGGAAAUUUCUUAUAAAUGGUUCUCCCUCGAGAAUUAUUAUUUAUUUCGAGGGCCCACCUCCGGGCACUGAUAUUCUUCUCGAUAACCUAGUUGUAAAGCACGCCGCCAAAGCCCCGCCGCCACGUCCACCAGCCAUUGAGAAUGCUGCUUAUGGGGUUAAUAUUAUCGCUAAUAGCAACCUUAACGACGGCACCGAAGGGUGGUUCACUCUUGGAAAUUGCACUUUAAGUGUCGGCCACGGCUCGCCACAUAUCCUCCCUCCCAUGGCCGCCGAUUCACUCGGGCCCCACGAGCCUUUAAACGGCCGUUACAUCCUCGUCACCAAUCGUACUCAAACAUGGAUGGGUCCCGCUCAAACGAUUACGGAUAAAGUGAAACUCUAUUUGACAUAUCAAGUGUCCGCAUGGGUUCGAAUUGGAACUGGAGCAACUAGACCUCAAGGAGUGAACGUCGCCCUUGGAGUUGACAGUCAAUGGGUCAACGGCGGUCAAAUCGAGAUUAAUGAUGACAAGUGGCAUGAAAUCGGUGGAUCUUUCAGGAUCGAGAAGCAACCGGCAAAGGUGAUAGUUUAUGUGCAGGGUGCCGAUGCCGGUGUUGAUUUGAUGGUUGCGGGGCUUCAAAUCUUUCCGGUCGAUAGGCAUGCGAGGUUUAGAGAGUUGAGAAAACGAACGGAUAAGAUACGCAAGCGCGACAUUAUUUUAAACCUCAACACAUCAGAUUCAUUCCCAUUGGUCGGCACCUUUCUGAAAAUCGAACAAACGCAAAAUGGCUUCCCAUUCGGAUCAUGCAUAAACAGGUCCAACAUAGACAACGAAGACUUCGUCGAUUUCUUCACCAAAAACUUCAACUGGUCGGUCUUUGGUAACGAGCUCAAGUGGUACUGGACGGAGCCACAACAGAACAACUUCAACUACAAAGAUGCCGACGAAAUGUUGACUUUCUGCGAGGCCCACAACAUCCAACUCCGCGGCCACUGCAUAUUCUGGGAGGUCGAGUCAACCGUCCAGUCAUGGCUACGCGCGUUGACCAAGCCCGACCUAGCGACAGCUGUCCAGAACCGCCUCACGGGCCUUCUUACACGCUACAAGGGGAGAUUCAAGCACUACGACGUGAACAACGAGAUGCUCCAUGGGUCGUUCUAUCAAGACCGCCUCGGAAAGGACACAAGGGUCAACAUGUUCAAAACGGCAAGUCAAGUGGACCCCACCCCCGCCCUCUUCGUGAACGACUACCACGUAGAAGACGGUUGUGACUCCAAGUCUUCGUCGGAGAAGUACACACAACAGAUUCUCGAUCUUCGAGCGCGUGGGGCCCCCGUGGGUGGGGUAGGUAUACAAGGGCAUAUAGAUAGUCCGGUGGGGCCCAUCGUUUGCAGCGCGCUCGAUAAGUUGGGGAUUCUGGGGCUUCCGAUUUGGUUCACGGAACUCGACGUGUCGUCGGAGAACGAGUUUGUUAGAGGGGAUGAUUUGGAAGUUAUGCUUAGGGAGGCUUUUGCGCACCCGGCGGUUGAAGGUGUGGUGCUGUGGGGAUUUUGGGAGAUGUUUAUGAGUCGAGAUAACGCGCAUUUGGUUAAUGCGGAAGGUGAGGUUAACGAGGCGGGGAAACGGUACCUUGCUCUUAAGGAAGAGUGGCUGUCGCGUGCUUGUGGGUGCGUCGAUGGGGAAGGGCAGUUUGAGUUUAGAGGAUUUCAUGGUUCGUACGAAGUUGAGGUUGUUACUAUUUUUGGAAAGAAGUUGACGAGGAAGUUUGUCGUUGAUCCCGGUGAGGAGCCAAUUGAAAUAUCCACUGAUCUCUAGUGUCUUUCUUUAUAUAUAUAUAUAUAUAUAUAUAUAUAUAUAUAUAUAUAUAUAUAUAUAUAUAUAUAUAUAUAUAUAUAUACUGUUGCACAUUGUGAAACAGGCUACAUGUAAAAGAAGAACAAUUUGUUGGUAGCUUGACAAAGUAAAUUGUAAUGUUGAUCAUGUUAUGUGAAUAAUAUUGUUGUUUCUAUUGUAAGAUUCUACUAAAUAAAAACAAAAGUAUCAUAUUAUUAUGUGUAUCGCUUGAAGUAUUCAGAAUUGCUUGGUUGUUUUUUUUAAAA